AUGUUAGGAGAAGCACACGACCAAACCCUAGAGGCCGCACUGAGCCAACAACUAAUAGCUAUACAAGAGCUCAAUGAUAAGAUUGCUCAGUUGGGAAAAAGGAAUAAGCCACAAGGCCGACGACCACAACAUGAAGAAAGAAGAUUUGGAGAUGCACCAGAGGCUGGCUAUGUUGAGCCCAAACCACCGGAUCCUUCAUGGAACACCCCACAGCAAACUUCUUACACUCAUGAUUACUUAACUCAUUCUUAUCAUAAUUUUAAACCUACUAAUGAUGUUAAGAUAUACUCUUUUUCAGGUAGCACUUGGCCAGAUGAUUAUCUCUCAUGGGAAAUAACCAUGGAUGAAUGGUUUUCAUACCAUUGCGUGCCAAGGAAAGAAAGGCUGAGCCAUGCCAUCAAACAACUCUCCGGAAAAGCAUUUUCAUGGUGGAAAAGAGUAGAUUGUUCACAAGAGAAGAGUUAUGGAGAGACUAUCAAAACGUGGGAAGAUCUUAAAGAUGCCAUGAUCAGGAAGUAUGUAUCCUCACUUCCAACACCAGAUAUUAGAGAAAGGUACCCAAGGAGGUUUUCAAGCCAUGGGUCUAAAGGGGCAAAGAGGGUUGUACCACAACAAGGCCAUAGAAGCUUAAUCCAUCAAGACCAGAUUUGGCCAAACAAGAGGCCCACGGUUUUAUAUGAUCAAUACCAGCCUUAUGAGGUCCCAAAGGCCGUGGAGAAAAAGAACUUUACAAGUCCUGAGGUCCCGAAAGACACGAUCUCCACAUCCUUGUUGAGAUCCAAAGUUGUCCAUGAUUUAAGUCCAAGAGACAAGGAGAUUUUAAACCCAAAGGAAGAAGAGCCAUCAAGCCAAGGAACUAAGGAGCAUGAAUUCAAAGGAGAGGAGCCACCAGGCGCCACACUUGUGAUGGAACAGAAGCUGGUUCAAGACACAAUGCAGUCCAUGUUGCUUAAAGAAGCAAAACCAGUAAUCAAAGUAUCACACCAAGGGGGAACAAAUGAAAGCUAUAUGCGUACUGAAGUUCCAAGGAAAGAACCAGACCAUAAGCACAGCCAUGAACCACCUCAUACGUGGAAGCCUAAAAUUGAACUAAGUGUUGUUAAAAUGCCAAGGCUUAAGGAAUAA